AAAGGCAGUAAUGCUCGUUAAUACGGAAUAGGAACAGCACAACACAACCAAAUCAACUUUUACCUUCUCCCUUCGACACACGAAAUGGAAGCAUCAAUGGUUUCAAUUGCAGUAUCAAUUGUUUUAGCAGCAAUACUAACAUGGUCAUGGAGAGUAUUGAAUUGGGUCUGGUUGAGGCCGAAGAAGCUAGAGAUGCACCUGAGACAGCAAGGCAUAAGGGGCAACUCUUACAGGCUUUUAGUUGGAGAUGUUAAGGAGAUUUCUUUCAUGUCCAAACAAUCAAAAUCCAAACCCAUCGACUUCUCCGAUGAUAUUAGCAACCGUGUCAUGCCCUUCCAUUUUCGAUUGCUCAAACAAUAUGGUAAGAAUUUCUUCAUUUGGAUUGGACCAAAGCCAAGGGUGGUGAUAAUGAACCCAGAACAAAUAAAAGAAGUACUUAUGAGGACGACCGACUUUCAGAAGAUAGUUCCGGACGGAAUUACGAAGUUAUUGUUCGUCGGAGUUGUAACUCUUGAGGGUGAGAAAUGGAUCAAACAUAGAAAGAUUAUCAACCCAGCAUUCCAUCAAGAGAAAUUGAAGUUCAUGGUACCUGCUUUUCAUCAAAGUGGUAGUUAUAUGAUAAAUGAAUGGGAAACAAUGGUGGUCUCAGAAAAUGGGUGCUGUGAGUUGGAUGUGUGGCCUCAUCUGCAAAAUAUGACAAGGGAUGCAAUCUCUCGUACAGCGUUUGGAAGUAGUUUUGUAGAAGGUAAAAGAAUUUUCCAUCUCCUCGGAGAACUGGCGGAACUCACAGCUUAUCAAGUUUUUCAGUCAGUUCCCUUUCCUGGAAAGAGCUUCUUACCCACAAAGGCAAUUAGGAGGAUGAAGGAGAUUACGAAAGACAUCGACGUAUCAAUUAUGAACAUCGUCAACAAAAGAGAGAAGGCAAUGAAAGCGGGUAACGCGGCUAAAAAUGACUUACUAGGUAUUCUCUUGGAAUCCAACUUGAGAGAAAUUCAACGACAUGAAAACAACAAGGAUGUUGGAAUGAGUAUUAAAGAUGUGAUCGAGGAGUGCAAGUUAUUUUACUUUGCUGGUCAAGAGACCACUUCAGUGUUGCUUGUUUGGACAUUGAUUUUGCUGAGCAAGCACUUGGACUGGCAAGCUCGCGCGAGGGAAGAGGUUUCGCAAGUCUUUGGUAAUAGUUUACCUCACUUUGAUGGCCUCAAUCACCUAAAAUUUGUUACGAUGAUUUUGUAUGAGGUUCUAAGACUGUAUCCACCAGCCGCUAAUAUUAAUCGAAGUGUUCCCAAGGACACAAGGCUUGGAAACAUUUCAUUACCAGCAGGAACACAAAUUUCCUUGCCAGUCCUUUUUGUUCACCACGAUAAAGAUCUUUGGGGCGACGAUGCACUAGAUUUCAAGCCUGAGAGAUUUUCUGAAGGGAUUUCAAAGGCUACCAAAAACCAAACAAUCUAUUUCCCAUUCGGUGGAGGUCCUCGAAUAUGCAUUGGCCAAAACUUCUCUCUUGUGGAAGCGAAAGUGUCAUUGGCAAUGAUUCUGCAACGAUUCACUUUUGAUCUCUCCCCGGCUUACGUUCAUACUCCUCUUUCGAAUUUUACAAUCGUGCCAGAACAUGGAGCUCGAAUCAAUAUACGUAAACAUCAAACCUAGAUGUCUUAUUAUUAUCAUGCAUGCAGGAGUCAUUUGGUUAAUUAGAUUCCUAUCUAAACUUUGUGCAUUUACCUUACAAUUUACAUCUGUAAUAGCCAGUGAAUCAGAAGGACUAUUGGCUUUCCUUUUAGUGUGUGUGAAUGAAAAAAUAUUGAAUAAUAAGACGGUCGCAGCCUUGCAAGGCCUUAUCCAA